AUGUCUUUUUUCAAGAAACUCGAUCCCAAGACAGACUUGGGCACGCCGUCGUCGCUGAAGUCGUCUGUUCAACGAAGCAUUCGAACGAAGCUCAUGGAGCAAUAUGCCGAUACGCUCGGAGCCAAUGACGGAGCCUUGCUGGAGAAGAUCUGGCCGAAAAAGGAAUCUGUCACCUCUGCCAAAUUCAAGCGCGAGCAUAUUCAGAUCAUUUUAUUGAAGAAUCUCCCGAUCUUUUUCCAGCACUACGACGGACCGUACAUUCCGACGCUUCAUCUCUUGCACCAGUACCCUGUGUUGCUCCCAACUGUCCAAGUGGAUCGAGGAGCGAUCAAGUUUCUGUUGUCAGGCGCGAAUGUAAUGGCGCCAGGACUUACAUCUGCUGGUGGUCGACUGCCGGAUCCAAGCCGAGGAGAAAAACCCCUCGCAAAAGAUACACCUGUUGCUAUCAAAGCGCAAGGGAAGGAGUAUGAGGUGGCCAUCGGCAUUUUGCAGGUCGACACGGAAGAGAUCCGAACGCAGGGCAAGGGAAAUGCGAUCGACAAUAUCCACUACCUGGGAGAUGAUCUGUGGGUGAUUUGCUCAAAGGGAGGUCUCGCCUAG